GGACGACCGGCCGAGAUUAAAGGCUCCACCUGAAGGCAGAGCCUGUGUUCCGGGAGCCUGGACCGAAGGGACUCGGCUUGCAGCGGGAAGAUGGUGUUGCCAUGGCGACAGUGGCUCCUGCUGCCCUUCCUCGGCUGCCUGGGAGGUGAGCUGCUCCUACGCGGCCCCGUGUUCACCCGUGAGCCCAGUGACAGCGUCUCCCCGGCUGGGCCGGGCGGGAGGAGACUCACCUUGAACUGCGAGGCCAGAGGCCACCCCGCACCGCAGUACAGGUGGCAGCGGAACGGGACCCACCUGGACGUGAGCGGGGAGCCCAGCUACCGGCUGCGGGGCGGGGACCUGGUGUUGCUGAGCCCCGACCGGCAUCGGGAUGCCGGCAACUACCAGUGCUUUGCCAGCAACUCCUUGGGGACCGUGGCCAGCAGGGAGGCCAGAGUCCAGUUCGCCUACCUGGACAGCUUCAAGCCUGGCCUGCGGGGCACUGUGUCGGCGUGGGAGGGCCAGGGCGUGGUGCUGCUGUGUGGGCCCCCGCCGCACUCUGGAGAGCUGGCGUACGCCUGGAUCUUCAAUGCGUACCCGUCCUUCGUGGAGGAGGAUGGCCGCAGGUUCGUCUCCCAGGAGACGGGCCACCUCUACGUGGCCAAGGUGGAGCCGCCCGACGUGGGGAACUACAGCUGUGUGGUGACCAGCCUGGUGACGAACACCCGCGUGCUGGGCUCGCCGACGCCCCUGGUGCUGCGCGCCGAUGGCGCGAUGGGGGAAUAUGAGCCGAAGAUAGAAGUGCAGUUUCCAGAAGUCCUUCCAGCGGCUAAGGGCUCGACGGUGAAGCUGGAGUGCUUUGCCCUCGGGAACCCCGUCCCUCAGAUCAGCUGGCGGCGGAGCGACGGGCUGGCCUUUCCCAGCAAGGCCCGGCGGAGGAAGUGGGGCGGCGUGCUGGAGAUCCCCGACUUCCAGCAGGAGGACGCGGGCGCCUACGAGUGCGUGGCCGAGAACUCCCGAGGCCGGAACGUCGCCCGCGGCCGGCUCACGUACUACGCGAAGCCCCACUGGGUGCGCCUCAUCCGGGACGCGGAGCUGGCCGUUGGCGAGAGCCUGCACUGGGAGUGUCGGGCAGGCGGGAAGCCCAAGCCCUGGUACCGCUGGCUGAAGAACGGGGCGGCGCUGGCACCAGAGGAGAGGGUGCAGAUCGAGGACGGUGCCCUGACCAUCUCCGGCCUGCGCCUGGCGGACGCCGGCAUGUUCCAGUGCGUGGCGGAGAACAAGCACGGGCGCACAUAUGCAAGCGCUGAGCUCCGAGUCCUGGCCGCUGCUCCCGACUUCUCCAGGACCCCGAUAAAGGAGGCGGUGCAGGCGCUGGCGGGCAGCGUGGUCAGCUUGGACUGCAGGCCCCAGGCCUCCCCCCGGGCCCGCCUUUCCUGGAAGAGAGGAGACCUGAGCCUGCAGGAGAGCCGAAGGGUGACCUUUUUAAAGGACGGAGGGCUCAGAAUCACCAACGUGACCAAGGCUGACGCCGCAGCCUACACCUGCGUGGCUGAGAACCAGUUCGGCAGGGCCAGCGGCACCACGCACCUGGUGGUCACAGAGCCCACCAGGAUGGCUCUGGCCCCAUCCAGCGUGGACGUGUCCGUGGGCGAGAGCGUGGUUCUGCCCUGCCAGGUGCGCCACGACCCCCUACUGGACGUCGACUUUGCCUGGUACGUCGAUGGGGCCCUCGUGGACUUCAAGGAUGGCACUCACUUCGAGAAGGUUGGCGGGGGCGCGUCGGGCGACCUCCUGAUCCGGGACGUGCAGCUGCGCCACGCCGGCCGCUACGCGUGCGAGGCGCGCACGGGCGCGGACAGCGUGUCCUCCGCCGCGGACCUCGUCGUGCGAGGUGCGCCCGGGCCGCCGGGGGACGUGCGCGUGGACGAGGUCACGGCCACGACGGCGCGGCUGUCCUGGGGCGCGGGCGCGGACAACCGCAGCCCGGUGCUGGCGCACGCCGUGCAGGCCCGCUCGCCCUUCUCCGUGGGCUGGCAGGCGGCGGCCACAGAGCCCGCGGCCGUGGACGGGCGCGCGCGCACAGCCACGGUGGUCGGGCUCAGCCCGUGGGUGGAGUACGAGUUCCGCGUGGUGGCCCGCAACCGCGUCGGCGGCGGGGAGCCCAGCGCGCCCUCGGAGAAAGUAAGGACCGCGGAGGCAGCUCCGGCGGUGCCUCCUGCGGACGUCGGCGGGGGCGGCGGCGGCGGGUCCGAGCUGGUCAUCACCUGGGACCCCGUCCCCGAGGAGCUGCAGAGCGGCCAGGGCUUCGGCUACCUGGUGGCCUUCCGGCCCCUGGGCGUCCCCACCUGGAUGCAGACGGUGGUCACGGCCCCGGACGCGCCGCGCUUCGUCUUCCGCAACGCGAGCAUCCUGCCCAUGUCCCCGUACGAGGUGCGGGUGGGCGUCUACAACCGCAGAGGCGAGGGCCCCUUCAGCCCCGUGAGCACCAUCUUCUCGGCCGAGGAGGAGCCUACAGCCGCACCCGAGCAGGUCUCAGCGAACAGCCUAUCUUCCUCGGAGAUCCAGGUCUCCUGGGCCGCAGCCCCAUGGGAGCCAAGCAACGGGCGUCUGCUGGGCUACGAGGUGCGGUACUGGGCUGAUGGGGAAGAGAGCUCCUCCAGCCAGGUCAAGGUGGCAGGAAAUGAGACAGCGGCCCGACUGCGUGGCCUGAGGAGCAACCUGGCCUACCACACAGCCGUUCGCGCCUACAACAGCGCCGGCCCCGGCCCCUUCAGCGCCGCUGUCAACACAACCACCGAGAAGACCCCCCCCAGCCAGGCCCCAGGAAACGUGGCUUGGAACGCCACCGGCAGGAAGGUCCUCCUGCGCUGGGAGCGCGUGACCGCCGCGGAGAACGAGUCGGAGGUGACCGGCUACAAGGUCUUCUACAGGACGAGCAGCCAGAGCCGCGCGCAGGUGCUGAGCACCAACGAGACGCGCGCCGAGCUGCUGCUGCCGCGGCAGGAGGACUGCGUGGUGGAGGUGAAGGCCAGCACGGCCGGGGGCGACGGGGCCAGCAGCGGUCAGGUCCGGAUCCCCAGAGUCAGCGGUCCGCCUGCCCGCGGCUGUGCCCCCGCCUUCACCUGCGUGCACCCCGUGUCCAGGGGCUCACACGUCCUGCUGCUGCUCCUCCCUGCCGCCCUGUGGAGAGACCAGCCCUUCAUCAUCUACUAGAAACUUCUCUGGUUGCAGAAAAAGUGCUUUUGUGAAAUGCAGUGAUGAUGCAUGGUUUUUUUUUUUUCCUCACCUCUGUAUUUUUAACUUUCUACAUAGGUAAAAGGAAUAUAAUUUGAGAAAGCAGUAAACCCUUUAAGGGGAAUCUGAAAUGCCUUAACAUUUACUUGAUAAACCAAAGGAAUUUACACGUUACAUACUUUAGACUUUUGAUAGAGAUGUUCUUAAGCUAUGAUUUUAAGCACUGCCUCCGGAUAAAGGUGUGCACUCCCAGGUGCACACAUGCAGGUGUGCAGGUGUGCAGCACACACAUGCACACUCAGGCACUCACGUGCACAGGCACGCACACGUGCACACACGUUUGUUGUCCUUUUUUUCAUUUGGGGAAAUGUGAUUCAUCCAAAUGCUGCCUCGCUGUGGCGGCAUCUUGGAAAUGCCUUGGGGAACAACGCCGAGGGCCAGAGGCCUCGAGGCUGAAGCUCCCCCAGAGG